AUGAAGUCUGUACCAAAGUUCGCGAGCUUCAGGCCAAAAGCGCCGCCCGCUCCACCGCUCUCUACCUCCACCGAGACACCAGGCCUGCCCCACGGACACGCCGGACGGGCCUCGCAAGCUCGGUCAUCUGCGCGGAAAGGGUCUCACGGUGAUGGCGACGAUGCCAGGCGAGAAGGGCGGCCCGGAGAGCUAGAUGAGCGUGGUUAUACUGGCGAGCAUCGUCGCAGGAAGCUUCGCAACGACGAUGCGGACCAUUCGCGCUUGAGCAGACACACGCAUCCCGACCGUGACACGAAUAAGGAUGAGCGCCGUCGCAGGCGAAGAUACCGCGAGGAAGAUGCAGCCUCAAAGAAUGGAAGAAGCAGCUCUGCCAGGCCGUCAGAUCUUGCUGUAGCCUUAGCUCCGGAACCAUUGGCCGUGCCUUGGGACGAAGACGUCGAACUCUUCACAGUCGACAGGAAAGGGGAUGUAGCAAAUCUAACAUACGGCGGCCUUCAUCGAUACUCCAUACCACCCUAUCGACGCAUCGGCUACGGCAGCGUUCUGGGCCUGCCAGCAGACCACCGGAUCGACAGAACUCUCACAACAGAAAAAGCGAUUGUCAUUACUGAUGGCCGGCCAAAAGGUAGGAGUGAGCGGUACUUGCUCGGAAAGCCAGGCAGACAGGAAGAGCGGGCUCUUCGUCUGGUGAAGCCUUCCCAGCAGGAGGACGAGCCCCUGCACCAAGCCCAGUUUGUCCCCUUGCAAUCCAGCAGGAAGAGGAAGCGCGGGUCUGAAGGGCCUGGUUCACCUGGAAAUGAGGUAGACUACCGGUCUAUCGAGGGUAAGGCGAAGCCGGAUCGGAGACCCCACCCCGACUCAGACUUUGAGUACGCCUCUGAUUCUUCAGGCGCCGGUCAAGGCAGUCAACGAGAUGGAGAACUUCAGGCAAGGCUCAGAAAUUCCGAGCUGUCUCGCCGGGCGAAGACCGAAGGGACCGUAGAAGCUUGGUUGGAUCUCAUCGAGCACCAGGAAGCUAUGAUACGCAUUGGACAAGGAGUUGCAGAUCUUAGCAACUCCCAACAAAGAGCCCUUGCUGAUAUCAAGAUCUCCAUGUACGAAGAAGCACUACGCGAAAUCGGCGCAUCUCAACCGCACCGCGUGCGCCUAUUGCUAGGCCUCAUGGAGGAAUCGUGCAAGGUCCAGGAACCGAGGAAGCUGGCUGCGCAGUGGAAAGCGAUACUGAAGCAGAGUACUCUUGAAAGUGCAGAGCUCUGGAUGAAGUAUUUAGACUUCGUACAGACGAAUUUUGUGGAGUUCAAAUACGAUACGUGCCGAAGAGCCUUCGAAGACUGCCUCGCGUCGCUGGCAGAGUCUUAUGACGUGCUGCACAAGAGUACUGCGGCUUCGCUAUAUGUCUUACUUCGCCUCUCAACCAUGAUGCGGGAAGCCGGAUACCACGAGCGUGCUACGGCGCUGUGGCAAGCCUUGCUCGAGUACCAUCUCUUUAGACCGAAAGAGCUAUUUCAUGCGAAGAGAGAGGAACGUCUAGCCGCGUUCGAGGAAUUUUGGGAGAGCGAGGUACCGCGGAUCGGCGAACCCGCAUGGCAAGGCUGGAGUACCUUCUAUGAGAAGGGCGGUGAUCCACUUGAGCCAGUGGUCAUACUAUUGGACACUUACGUCGACUCUGACGACUGUUUUGGGGAUUUUGUAGGGAAGGAGGAGGCAUGCAUACUGGCGCUCCAGACUCCUGGGCGCAUUGGAGACGAAGCAGGUGAAGACGAUCCAUACCACACCAUACUAUUCUCGGACCUCAAAGACUAUCUCGCUUGGUCACCCGCGACAUUGUCACCCCUGAUGCUCAUCCAGGCUUUUCUGAAAUUCAGUAACUUUCCGCCACUGCCUGACCGAGGGCAAAGCACAGUCCAGUCGUGGUGGCUUGACCGGUUUCUUAGGAACGAUCGGCUGGAAGCUCACGCUGAGCACGCGCCAAUGCCUUAUUUCCAAUCCACUACGGACUCCUUGUUCUCCAAUCCUAUGACGACUGAUAUGUCGCCUGGAUGGCUGCAGCAAGUACUAAAGGGGUUGGCGUAUACUGUCGAGGACGAUGUCGUUGCGGAAUACUACCUUGCCUUCGAAUGCCACCAUUUCCGCUCCGGCGCUGCCAAAGCCGCGAGAGCACUGCUGAAGAAGCGGCCGAACAGCCUCCGACUUUACAACUCGUAUGCGCUGAUCGAGGCAAGAGCCGGCAACACAUCAGUGGCAGACCGGGUUUUCUCAACGGCGAUCAGCAUGAGUAAGACUUUACAAGAGAAUGCAAGACGAGACGUGGUCUUGCUGUGGCAUACUUGGGUCUGGGAGGCGCUCCGCUCCGGCGAUGUAUCAGCAGCAACACAACGUAUGUUCUCCAUCGCAGGCGCAAGCCCGACAGCCUCCGCCACCGAUUCGGUACACGAAGCCGGCGUUGUUCCAACUAGUCCAGCUACUCUACUCAAAAUCAAAACGACACUCUCCGAGGGCUGUGAUGGGUACCUCCCGAACCCCCAUCGUUAUCACCUUGGCGUGCUGUAUGCCGAUCUGUUAGCACUCCUCUCCUACCUAACGCAUUCAAACCAGAAUCAUACAGACCUCCGCGCCGCACUCAACGCCUACCAUAUGACCCUAGCAUCCCUAGCCAACCACCCAUCCGCCUCCGCAGCCGCCGAAAUCCUCCACCAAUACCGUACAAACCUUCUCCUCUCCCACAUCUCCCACUCGAAAGCCUACCAGCCCUCCACCAUCCGCACCGCCCUCGCCAACAGCAUAUGCCUCUUCCCACACAACACCCACCUCCUCUCCGCCUUCCGCGAAACCGAAUCUCGCUUCCGCCUCGACGACCGCGUCCGCGCGGCCCUCUCCCCCACGCUAGCAUCCAAAAACUCAACAGUCGUGGGCUGGGCCUUCGCUAUCAGCAACGAGAUGCGCCGGCCCGUGCAUUUGGGUAGUACUGUGCACUCUGUGCGGCGGCUGUUUGAGCGGGCUGUGGCUUCGAGGGCGGGGAGGAAUUCGGCGGCGUUGUGGGGGUGGUGGGUUAGGUGGGAGGUUGAGACCGCGGGGGAUCUGGGUAGGGCGAAAGAGACGUGGCUGAGGGGGCUGAGGGAGGUGCCGUGGUGUAAGUGGUUUGUCAUGUUGGCUUUCAAGCUGCUGAGGAGUGUCAUGGGGUUUGAGGAGUUGAGGAGGGUGUAUGAUGUCUUGGCGGAGAAGGAGUUAAGGGUGCAUGUGGAUCUCGAAGAGUGCUUUGAGAAGAAGGCGAAGCUCGCACGCACGUAG